AUGCUAGCCGUUCACCGCCCUUCCUCCGCCUCAGUAUCAAACGGAGACACCGUCCAAAUCCCGAUGAUGAUCGCUUCAUUUCAAAAACGUUUCCCUUCUCUUCAACGCGACACAACCGCAGCUCGUUUCCACACGCACGAGGUUGGUCCUAACCAGUGUUGCUCAGCUGUCAUCCAAGAGAUCUCCGCUCCUAUAUCAACCGUAUGGUCUGUCGUAAGACGCUUUGAUAACCCGCAAGCUUACAAACACUUUCUCAAAAGCUGCAGCGUUAUUGGUGGAGACGGUGGUAACGUUGGUAGUCUACGUCAAGUCCAUGUCGUCUCUGGCUUACCCGCUGCGAGCUCCACCGAGCGUCUUGACAUUCUUGAUGAUGAGCGUCACGUUAUAAGCUUCAGCGUUGUAGGUGGUGACCAUAGGCUAUCUAACUACCGAUCAGUCACGACUCUUCACUCCUCUCCGAUCUCUGGGACCGUUGUUGUUGAGUCUUACGUCGUUGAUGUGCCUCAAGGGAAUACAAAGGAAGAGACAUGCGACUUUGUGGACGUUAUAGUAAGAUGCAAUCUCCAGUCACUUGCUAAAAUAGCUGAAAAUUCUGCUGCCGGCGUGAAGAAGAAGACGUCCAUGUGA